UGCUGUGAUCUUUUCAAAGUUUGACGGGCACUGGGGGGACGAACUCGACCAAACGGUACAUACAGCUCAGUUCCGCGGUAGCUAGGAGUCUAGUCAUUACGGCCUCGACUCCGCUGUUUUAAAACUGUGGGCGUCCAUGCAACCGACCGUGCACUUCGAUAGCUCCCUGCUACUGGACGCUGUUUGCGCCUCUGACUUCACGACAGCAUCAGGGCUAUCAUCAUCCACGUAACGCCAGUGUUAGAUCUAAGUUGAUGUUGUUGUUUUGUUUUUUUUUAAAGUGACAACGUAUCCAGCAGGAACUAUUGGAGACAAACACUGUGGAUUUUUUAAUGUGCUGUGUCUUGCCGGGGAAACACAUGUGUUCAGAGUGUGUGUUAUCACACCGCUAGCACGCGUCUGCGUAUGUGUGCAUUCCUACAACAUUCUGGAUACAAUGAAAUGACUAUAAUUAAAAGAUACAUUACCGCUUUUGAAGUGCUGUCUAUAAAUAAUUGAACUAGUUCAUUGGUACAGAUACUACCAUCAGGCCUGCACGUUUUUAAUGUGGACCUGGUUUUUAAAAGCGAGCAGGGACUGUUAUUGAGGGUUAAGCAUCUCUCCAUUUAGAAAAUUAGAUCUAUAGUUGUGUGCCUUGUUGUUCGAUUUGAUUCUAACCUUGGAAACAGUGCAUAAUUGGCUUGGAUUAGCCACUCUGCAUUCAAAAUAGCCCCACACUACCAAGUUGUACACAAGACUACGGCAGUCCCUGAAAGUGUGUGUAGACUCUAGACCAGGUCAUAUCAAAUAGUGUGCACACCAUAGAAUUAUGUCUACUUCCUAAGUGCAGGACGCAAAAUUUACCGGCCAGUGGACUUAAAAAUCUGGACUGACCAAUCCCCGUGAUACUUUCUCAAUCCGGCCCAGCUGUCAUGUCAACAUGACCAGAUCAGCGUAAGGCCUGGACACCUGGUUCUAGCAAAUUUUAAGUUUGUUACUUGUGACAACCAAGUUUUAUUUCUUUCAAUGGAAUAUAAUUGCGCAGUUCCCUCUUGGUGAAGGUACAAGUUGGAUUUCCUCCACGAUUUCCCUCCCCAGCCCGGAGUUGUGGCUGCCAGGGACGUGACCUACUACCCGUCCACCAUGAUGAUCAGCCCCUUCAUGGACACAGGGCCCGGCCCACACGGCCUUUCUCAUGGUGCCCUCAAGCUAAGCCCGAGUAACCCCAUGGGCGACCCCACGGCCGGUCUGCACCACAAUCAGUACGCUGCCCAAGCCAAUGGAUACGGGAUGGCUCCACACGGGCCCCACUCGCAGAUCUCUAGCUACGCAGCCCGCGAUUUCUUGAUACGCAGGGCGGAGCAGUUUAAUCUUCCAGGCCACGACGGUGGAGGGGGCCACGCGGGUAUGUUUGGGGUCCCGUCUUCCGUCAGCAUGGGUCUCCACACCCCGCACCAUCCGGACACAUCGGCUAGUCACGUUCUGUUCCCCGGUCUCUCCGACCCGGGCGCCGGGCACCACGUCAACGGGCAAAUGUUCCCGUACCACCGACCUGACCAGUUCAACCAGAUGGGGCCCCCUCGGCCGGACCACUUCGGCCCGCCUCAGCACUUGAAUCACAUGAACCCCAUGAGCCACCACCGGAUGAACAUGGGCCCCCACGGGCCGGGGGCGUUUUACCCGUUUAUGAGGCACUCCAUCAAGCAGGAGCACACCUGCCUGUGGGUGGACCAGGACCAGGGGGAGCCCAAGAAGCCCUGCAACAAAAUUUUCACCACGAUGCACGAGAUUGUGACUCACAUUACAGUGGAGCACGUGGGGGGCCCCGAGCAGGCCAACCACGCGUGCUACUGGCAGGGCUGCCCCAGGGAUGGACGGCCGUUCAAGGCCAAAUACAAACUGGUCAACCACGUCAGGGUGCACACAGGCGAGAAACCAUUUCCGUGCCCAUUUCCUGGCUGCGGGAAAGUUUUUGCAAGAUCGGAGAAUUUAAAAAUACACAAGAGAACGCAUACAGGUGAGAAGCCAUUUAAGUGUGAAUAUGACGGAUGUGACAGAAGGUUCGCCAACAGCUCAGACCGGAAGAAGCACUCUCACGUGCAUACUAGCGACAAACCUUACAACUGCAAGGUGAAGGGUUGCGACAAGUCAUACACUCACCCGAGCUCAUUACGCAAGCACAUGAAGGUCCACGGGAAGACGUCGCCGGUGCCGGACGGGUACGAUUCCGACCCGGACAGUCCGUCCAGCGACUCCAACCACGCUGCUAGCCCGGCGUCCAUCUCAUCCCCUUCGGUCACCUCUCCGGCGAGCUCCGGCCACCAGCAAAUGUCGUCGUCCUCGCAAAGCCAGCAGCAGCAACAGCAGGGUCAGGGCCAGCAGCAGCAGCAGCCACCCCAUCAACAGCAACAGCCUCAGAGGGCGUCGGUUCCACAGCCGCCUCAUCCGCUCCCGGCCAUCGCCCCUGUACAUUCCACCUCGGGCCACCUCUUGUCCAGCCCGCCUUCGCUGCCGCACCUGCCGCACCACCCUAACCCUUUGCUUUCCCAUCAUCAUCCUCAUCAUCCACAUCAUCACCACCACCACCACCCCACCAGCCUGAGUGAGUGGUAUGUCUGUCAGAGCAGCGGCUCCAUGCCCACGCCUCCGAGCGACCACUCUCCUCUCUCUUCCCUUGGACACAUCUCCCUCCAUCCACCUCAAGUUCUGCAAUAUACAUAGCAUUAACUGACCAUUUCCGACAUGAACUAACCACUUUCGGACACUCCGAAAAAAAACAACAACACACUUGUGAAGCACAAAGGAUGUUGUAAUGUUCGACAAAUGUACGAGCAAUGCAUACAUUUCUUAUCAAUACUCCAACCAAAGAACUUCUCGUGUACAGUAUUCCUACGUGAUGCAAAAUAGUUCUUCAUCCCAAAAAAUAUAAAUGAUCUUGCCUGAUAAAUUUUAUGCAUUCGUUGUAUCAACAUUAUGGUAUAGAGAUUUUAUCUUCAAACUUCUGUAUAAAUGACACUAUUUAAACUUUUUUCAUACAUGUUUUUACUUACAGAAAAAAAAGAAGAAAAAUGUUAGCGAUAUUAACUAUUGUUAUUAUUUCGCGAAAGAUUUGAGGGAACAAACAGGAUGUUCUACACAUCAAUGAAAUCCCCAAAGAUCUAGGGAUGUAUUUGACAUGCCAUUGUCAUUAGUUUGUGUGUAAUGAAAUUAUGACCCUGUGCCAUUGCUCACUACAACACAGGAGGCUCGGAAUUUGAAAUAUGGAGAAUGUGAAGAUUAAACGACCAAAUAAAAAUUAAUAAAGAAAAAAAAAAAAGGGACAAAAUGAGAAAUGUUGCUGCCAUUAUCUUAUAUUACAAAUAAUAAGAUGAAAGUCAACAAAUGGCGGGAAAGGGACAAAAACUUACUAAAUAUAAGCGAAGAAAUGAAAUGAUAUUGUUUUAGGGUUAACUGUGGCAUUGUCAUUAAAUAAAUUAAACUCAAAUAUAUUGCAUAGAAUGGACAUUUUUUUCUGGAUUUAAUGCAAUGAAAAAUUACAUAAAAUAUUCGAUACACAUUCAUGGAUGAACUCUAGACAGUUGCAAAACAAAACACAAAAAAAUUCAUAAUGGUGUAUGAAUCUAGAAGAUCGUUUUUGAUUAUUCUAGCGGAAUUUUUCUGUGUUUUUUAAUUUUCCAAGUUUGAGUUUCUUGCGCCAUAUCUAUUAUUGGAAUAUCUUUCAUGAACGCAAAAACAUUUGGUUAUUCUAGUGUUAUGUAUAUAUAUAUAUAUAUAUAUAUAUAUAUAUAUAUAUAUAUAUAUAUAUAUAUAUAUAUAUAUAUCAGUCCCCCACUGUGACGUCAUACUGCUGUCAUUAUAAUCUCUUUCUAUUUGCAUUUUUAAUCAAAUAGAGAGAAUUCAAACCAAAGAAAAACAAAUUGUGUACAUAGAACAUUUACAACAAAAAAAUGUCUGCAUAGGCAUUGAAGACUGCUUUUCAUGUAUUUUAUUAUUAUUAAUUAUUUAAAAAAAUAUUAUUACUAUAAAUUAGAUAUUAUAUUAUCUGACGUUGAUGCUAAAUUUUGAACCUAAUUAGCGACAGACUUUAUUCUUAUUAUUAAUAGUAUUCACAUUAUUAUAUAACUAUUACCAUUACGAUUUUGAUGUCGUAUAAAUAGGUAAGGUAAAUUGUGUGUGGGGAGCCCGCGCAUGAAUACAUAGGAUAUUGUCCUUGCUCUAUUUUUCCUUUCUACCAAAAAGAUUUCUACAUGUAUCGUUCGGUUGACAAUUCCGAAUGUGUUUUAAAUAAAUAUGUCAAUAAAAUCAUAUCUAUUAAUGGAA